CUUUGAUCGACCAUUGUCCUUUUCUGCACAGAUAAAUACUGCGCCAAAAUGGUUGUCGCUGCAUUCUUUCUCGGUGCUAUGUCAGUUUCUGACCUUACUGGUGCUCGUUCUCCGUCUCUGGAUGACCCUAACCCCUCGUCUAAUGUCCCCUUCACGCCCAAGAAUGGUGCACCAUCCACUUCUGCUAACGACGACGAGACCAAUCCGAAGACGACCCCGUACAAUUUCGGCGCUGCGAGCCACCGCGCUUUCCAUAUGAAGUACGAGCGAAAGGACUACGACAACUUCAUCAGGGAGGACCUUGAAUCACGCGUAUUCAUUCCCUCCGAUGACUUUCUUCGUGUCAUCCUUCACCUUCCCCGGGAUUGGAGACAGGAUUCCACCAUUUCUGCUCUCAUUAAAAAGGUGAAAGCAGAUGAACAGUGGAAGGCACUGUGGGACGACUACAAGGCCGAAUGCAAGACCACGGACGAAACGAAUUUAUAUCACCCGCACAACAGUUUGUGCAAUAGGGCGCUCGCUUUGAUCAAGGACGGCACACGCUCGGGGCCUGAUAUUGGUUUCUACCGACAGGACCCUCAGCCUGUCAAAGGGAGCAACGUCGACCUUAAACCGGAUGCGAUUACUCUCCUGCUGUCUCUAUUCAACAGCUCCCAGAACAACAUCGAAGACAUCAAAACCGGAGGCCCGAAGAACAAUAUCGGGUGGCCGCAGCUUUUGCAGUGGCUUGAAUUCAAAUUAAGCUUUACUACCCUGGAUAAUGGUCGAUACGCCACUCGAGUCCUCACAGCAGGUAAGUUUUUGUGCUCUUUGAUGUAUAUAAUUUUGCUGACGCGUUACUUAUCAGACAAGAAGGAUCCGAUGGGAAAGCCUUCUCGUCAGAAGCCAUAUAUGCUCCCUGGAGAUCCGGAGGGUGUCGGUGUGGUGGCGGGACAGAAACGUAAAUCCGACAAGCAAGAUGCUGCUGCAAGGAGCCGAAUGCAGGAGGAGGCUGAGUCUGAGCGUCUGCGCGAAAUAUGGAAAGGCAAGGACGAUAAGAACAAGGAGGAUCCCCGACUACAGUGUGCGCGCUACGCGAUGGAGGUGUUGUCUAGUGCUGGGUUCAGGACGCACAGCAUCGGUGCCUUGAUUGGCGGUACUCACCUUCAGAUGCUCUACUAUGAUCGCUCCUCAAUCAUCGUAUCGCAAGAAAUCGACAUGGAUAAUGAUCCAGAUUCUUUCAUUGCUAUGCUGAUCGGAUUGCACGGUCUCACGCUCGAGAAGCACGGCAUCCACAGUAUCAUUGAAGACCCGUUCCUUAGUGACUAUGGAGAAUACACAAAGGAGCAUCAGGACGACACCGCGACGCUGUUCGAAGGGAGGAAGCUGACGCUAAAGAAGUCAGACGGUACUCCCGUGGUCUUGACGCUUGGAAAGAUCAUCUUCCGACAGCCUGGGAUUAUUGGUCGGGAUACGUGCGUCGUCGAGGCGACGGCUGAGGGUUACGAAGAGUGGAAGGGGAUGGAGACGAUCGUCAAAAUUAGCUGGCAAGCUAAAUCGCGUCCCUCGGAGAAGGAUUUCAUGAACGACGUGAAGACCGCGGUGGACAAGAUGUCCAAGGACGGUGCAUCACAUCAUUGGGUCGCGGACCAUCUUCCCAAUAUUCUACUGUCACAGGACUUCGAGAUGGCGGAAGAUUCGCCACAGGCGAGACUCAAGGAGUACUUUGACGCUGUCAGCUAUGCAGAUGGAGGUUCAUUUAAUUAUGAGGAGCGGGUGUGCCGUGUCAUGGUGCAGGAGAGGCUUUAUUCAAUUACGAGUCUCCGCGAGCCUCGCCAGUAUGCUCAAGGAAUAUUUGAUAUAUUACAAGUCCACAAAUGGGUAUAUGACCACGCAAAAAUCAUCCACCGGGAUAUCAGCAUGACGAACCUUAUGUGGCGGAAGAGGAACGGCGUCAUUUGUGGGGUGUUGAACGACUUCGAUUUGUCUUCCUACCGUGAUCGUGAAAGUGCGUCGGCUCUACGUCGCACAGGAACGGGACCGUACUACGCGUGCGAUCUCCUUAAGGAGGAUCCGCCUGUCCAUAUCUAUCGACAUGACGUUGAGUCUAUCUUUAACGUCCUUGUCCUUCUUUGCUGUCGCUAUGAGAUCCAAGCGACUCCCGCUCCAGAAGGCAAAGACCAGCUUGUGCAUGUACCGGCCCUUCCAUUCGAAAGUUGGUACGAUAUGUCAUACUUACAGCUUCACGACAAGAAGUUUAAAUUCUUCAUCAUGGCCCAAGACCCCGACAAACUUCUCCCAGCUUCUAUCAGCUUCUCCGAUUUCAAACCAUGGCUCAUGUUCUGCUACAGUCUGAUUAGUGAAGGCCUUUUCGCUGCAAUCAGAUACGAACGUAACCAAUCAAAUGGUCCGAUUGCUCGAACAUUGUUCUCUUCCAUAACGUCAAACUCAGAGCCCGCGUUCUCUGAAAAGUUCGACGACGCGACACUAGGAGGUUUUGUAGACUAUCCGAGGUUCUUUAAGGUCAUGUGCAAGUUUGCUGGCCAAGAUCUAACCGUCAAAUAUAAUCCAAAUGAGAACCCAUAUGGUCCGUUUUGAGCAGGUGCUAACUAGUACAGUG